AUGCCGAAAGACACCGUUAGCCACCAUUACAACGGCCGUGGUAUGCGGGUGUAUAAUGUACCCGUGUACCACAAUGCUGUGCCCGUGCGCCGUUCGGGAGGAAACGCCCGACGAUGUUACAGAUGCCAACAGGUGGGUCACUUAGCGAGGAAUUGUGACUCCCCCUCCGUGGUACCUGCGGCAUCGUCGGGCGCGUCCUCGUCGGUUGUUAGACCACGGCAGGGGCCGCAGCAACAACAACUUUGUUUUAAAUAUUUUCAAAUUGUUACAUUUAACUACUUUUUUAAUUGUUAUCUAGUUUCAUGUAUUUUAUUUUACUUGUACUGUUACCUAGGGAGGUUAUAA